GUUAGCGGUGGCACCGCCUCUCUCCUUUGCGCAUGCGCUCUGCUGCCGUCGCCGUGGCAACGGGACGCGGCGCCAGGCGGCCGUGAGGGCCGAGAGCGGGUGGGCGACAUGUCCGAGAUCCUGAGCGAGUGGCUGAACCAGGAGGUGAAGCUGUCCCGGAGCCUGGUUCCAGGAUCGCUUUCAGAAGAAUUUUCUACUGGCUACCUGUUUGGAGAACUUCUGCACAAAUAUGGUCUUCAGGAUAACUUUAAUCAGUUUUCACAGAGCAGGGCUACAAAUGCAAAGCUUAACAAUUUUUCUCUUCUGGAGCCCACACUUCACCUGCUUGGAGUACAGUUUAAUGAGAAUGUGGCCCAUGACAUCAUGGUAGGAAAGCACGGGGCUGCAACAAAGCUUUUAUAUGAAUUGUACAUUGCUUUAGAAAAAAUGAGAAAGGCAAAGCUUACUGGAGUAGCUAUGGAAGCAAUGAGAUCUGCAGCACCUGCAAGGCUCAAGACUAUUGGAAGUGUUUCAUUUCGAGAGCGUUUGAAAUCUUUAACAUUACGUCAUGCUGAUAUGCAACCACAGAAGGUUUCAGAUCAUCUUGAAAGGAAAUCUAAAGUAGUAGAAGAUAAAAUAGCUCGUAUGCACAUUUCAGAACAACAGAAAUCUCUAAAGCCUCAAGAAGAGCAAAAAGCCCAAGACACUGAAAAGCAUCUCAUAGGAAGAAGACAAAAUGAAAUAAUGGCCCGGAUUCAAGCAGCCAUUAUACAAGUUCCAAAGCCAUCACUAAGCCACGCCUUAAAAGCUAAUGAAGCAAAAAAAUUGCUAAAGAAGAAAAGAGAAGCAGAGGACACUUACAAGGAGAUUAGCAACUUUGAGAAGUCCAUGAUAAGAAAUGCUUUUGAAGUACGCAGCCAAUUCAUUGAUAGUGAAGUACAAGAAUCAUUGCAAACACAGAAGUUGAUAGAAACAGCCCUAGAAACUACAGCACAGGCAGCAACUGAGCUAUUACCUACUCAUUCAGAUGAUGACUAUGUAAAAAAAAUUCAAAAAAAAUUGGAGGAAGAUACCUCUGCUAGAGAACAACGAGAAAAGAGACGUCAUAAAAUGUUAAUGGAACAGUUAACAGCACAUGAAGCAGAAGAGGAGAUUUACCAGGAGGAACAACUUAUUUACAAGCUAAUGAGACAAUCUCAACAGGAGCGGAGGAUUGCUGUUCAACUCAUGCACGUUCGACAUGAAAAAGAGGUGUUAAAACAAAAUAGAAUUUUCAGGGAAAAGCAAUAUGAAGAAAGACGACGGAAAGAGUUCCAGGAAGCUCUUGACAGAGAGGCGGCUCUUGCAAAACAAGAAAAAAUUGAUUGUGAAGAACAAAUUGCCAAGGAAAGAGAGCUUCAUGAGAAAAUUGCCAUUGAAAGAAUUCAAGCUCGUUAUAAAAAGCAUUAUUCUGUAUGUUGGGAAGUGACUGACCAAAUUGUUGAUUUGUCAACAAAAGUAGGAGAAUAUCGACUAUUGACAAACAACAAAGUUCCAUUAAAACUGAUGCGUGAUUGGAAGGAAUUAUUUUUCCAUGGAAAAUCAAUAUAUGAAAAAGCCUCAAUUAAAAAUUUGCCAAGUGAACCAAGCCCAGAACAACUUACAGAAUUGAAUAAAAUGGAUCUAUUAGAUGAAAAAGAUUAUGGUGAAUACAAGAGUAUGACAGGGGAAUGGUGCCCAACUGGAGAGAACAAAGAAAAUAAAUGUCUUCUUAAUAAUAAUAUUUUGGGUCAUGUGCUUCAUAGACUGAUGGAGAUUUUCUAUCCUUCAAAACCCAAAUGUUUACUGCCUGUAUUUCCUCCAUUUCCUAUCAAGGGAUGUAUUCUGGGAAAAGUUUUUAGUGGAAAAACUACCUGUGUAAAGUUUCUUGAAAAAGUUUGCAAUGUUCAGGUACUGUCUGUUGAUACUCUGGUUCAGGAGGCCAUCCAAGCUUUUCUUAAUAAUGAAAUGAAAACUGAGCACACCUUGAUUUCACAGGAAGCAGAGAGUUCUGCAGAACAAAGUAAGGAUCAGAGGAACUUCUCAGAAUCAUCAAUGGAAUUUCCAACCGGAGUACUUACCAGUGGAACUAAAGGUAAUCAUCCUGUCAAAAAGCAUCCAUAUGAUCAGGAAAUUGUAUCAGACCACAAAGCGAAUGACAUAUCCAUGCUAUCUGUACGUGCCCAGCUUGGUGCUGCAUCACAGGAAUUAUUGAAGAAAGGAAAAAGUAUUCCUGAUGAAUUACUAGUUGACAUCCUAUUGGAAGCCAUUAACCAAACACCACCAGAGAAGGGGUGGAUUCUGGAUGGAUUUCCAAUGACAAUUAAUCAGGCAAGGCUAUUUGAAAAAGCCUAUACAGGGAUUGAUCCAGAUGAAACAGAAGCAGAAUGUGUGAACAGCAGAAAGCUCUUACUUGUAGAACCUAGUACCCCCCAGAAGCCUCUUGUUGCCUUACCUGCAUUUGAUGUUUCUGUACUAUUGGAUAUUUCAGACACUACAGCACUGAAACGUGUGGCUAGUUUGAAGUCAGAUAAAUCAAAGCCCUCUCAAACUGAACAGGAGGACAACAGUCAAAAUUCAGAUGUUAAAAUCGUAGAAGAGAAGACUGACUUAGCAAGAGACGACGUGUUGCACAGAAUUUCAAGCUUCCUAGACACAUGGCCAAAAUUAGAGAACUGGUUUUCAGUCCAUCAAAAUACUCUAGUGAAGGUCAAUGCAGAGACAGAAGAAAGUGUUGUGUGCAAAACUGUAAAGGAAAUUCUGAUCAAAGAAAUUGUCAAAAACCAGAAUAGAAAGUCUGAACAAGAAGAAUCACCAGCAGAAAAGGCUUUGCCAGAUACACCUCAAGAUCUGCUUACUUCUAUUUCUGAGACACCACUGCUUACUUCUAUUUCUGAGACACCACCGCUCAUUAAGCCAGGAACAGAUGAAUGGAUUUAUGUAGAUGAGCCACUUCCCAAGGAGGUACCUGAUUUUUUAGUACCUUAUUGGGAAAUGGUAGAAAAUGUGUAUGUGAAUACUAUCAAAACUGUACUCAGAUGUCUAAGGGAUGAACGGUACUCUUUGAUAUAUUACUUAGCAGAUAUCAGAAAAAAUUUCCAAGAUUAUUUACAGCGUCCAGAUCUUAAGCAGGAGUUUGUAUCCCAGUGGCAAUCAGAUUUUAAUUCAAUUUCUGACGAACUGCGAGAAGAUGAGGAAACAAAAGCAGAGCUACAUCAAAGAUUAACUGACUUAAGAGAUCGUCUCUGGGAUAUCUGUGAUAAAAGAAGGGAAGAAGCAGAGCAGGAACGUACUGAUAUCAUGAAUGAUGGCUGGUUGCGAGAUCAUAGGGGGAUUGCAAUAAACCAUUUUUUUACACUUAUGCAGGUAUGGCGCAGAGCUCUUCUGUGGAGUCUGCAAUGGACAAGACAACUUUUUGUUCUUACGUGUUCUUUCAAUUGCAUUCUUCCACAGCUAUCUGUACGUGCCCAGCUUGGUGCUGCAUCACAGGAAUUAUUGAAGAAAGGAAAAAGUAUUCCUGAUGAAUUACUAGUUGACAUCCUAUUGGAAGCCAUUAACCAAACACCACCAGAGAAGGGGUGGAUUCUGGAUGGAUUUCCAAUGACAAUUAAUCAGGCAAGGCUAUUUGAAAAAGCCUAUACAGGGAUUGAUCCAGAUGAAACAGAAGCAGAAUGUGUGAACAGCAGAAAGCUCUUACUUGUAGAACCUAGUACCCCCCAGAAGCCUCUUGUUGCCUUACCUGCAUUUGAUGUUUCUGUACUAUUGGAUAUUUCAGACACUACAGCACUGAAACGUGUGGCUAGUUUGAAGUCAGAUAAAUCAAAGCCCUCUCAAACUGAACAGGAGGACAACAGUCAAAAUUCAGAUGUUAAAAUCGUAGAAGAGAAGACUGACUUAGCAAGAGACGACGUGUUGCACAGAAUUUCAAGCUUCCUAGACACAUGGCCAAAAUUAGAGAACUGGUUUUCAGUCCAUCAAAAUACUCUAGUGAAGGUCAAUGCAGAGACAGAAGAAAGUGUUGUGUGCAAAACUGUAAAGGAAAUUCUGAUCAAAGAAAUUGUCAAAAACCAGAAUAGAAAGUCUGAACAAGAAGAAUCACCAGCAGAAAAGGCUUUGCCAGAUACACCUCAAGAUCUGCUUACUUCUAUUUCUGAGACACCACUGCUUACUUCUAUUUCUGAGACACCACCGCUCAUUAAGCCAGGAACAGAUGAAUGGAUUUAUGUAGAUGAGCCACUUCCCAAGGAGGUACCUGAUUUUUUAGUACCUUAUUGGGAAAUGGUAGAAAAUGUGUAUGUGAAUACUAUCAAAACUGUACUCAGAUGUCUAAGGGAUGAACGGUACUCUUUGAUAUAUUACUUAGCAGAUAUCAGAAAAAAUUUCCAAGAUUAUUUACAGCGUCCAGAUCUUAAGCAGGAGUUUGUAUCCCAGUGGCAAUCAGAUUUUAAUUCAAUUUCUGACGAACUGCGAGAAGAUGAGGAAACAAAAGCAGAGCUACAUCAAAGAUUAACUGACUUAAGAGAUCGUCUCUGGGAUAUCUGUGAUAAAAGAAGGGAAGAAGCAGAGCAGGAACGUACUGAUAUCAUGAAUGAUGGCUGGUUGCGAGAUCAUAGGGGGAUUGCAAUAAACCAUUUUUUUACACUUAUGCAGGUUGAAAUGGAUCGUUUCCAGGAUACAAAGAGACUUCUUCAUGACUAUUAUAGAGCAAUGGAAGGAAAAAUACCAACAGAGGAUGAAAAAGAUUUUACUAGACUCCCAUUGCUAGAUAUUAUUGACAAUGAACAGAAAGAAGAUCAGAAUGAAUCAAGAAGGAUUCCUCUAGUUCCUUACAAGUGGCCUUUACCAGAAACAAGUGUUACCAAGUCAAAAAGCAAGGGAAAUCUACUGAAGACUAUUAGGGAGGAAAAUACUUCUGAAAAUGUAGUGGUCGGUUUUGGUAAAGAUGAAAAUGUUAUUUGUGAUACCUGGCAAACAGCAGUAACGGCAGUAUCAGAAAUGGUAAGAGCAGAAGAGGAGAUGGAAGGAGAUAAGCAGUCAGAAAUGAAAGAAGAUAUGAAGUCUUCUCAGGCAGCAUCAAGCAAAUCUACUGGGAAGGAUACCAAAAACACCAAAAAAUCUUCCAAAACACCUAAUAAAAAGAAAGCUGAAGAGACUCCAGUUCCUUUAACCGCUGAAGAACUGAGGAAACAAGAACUGACACUUAAAAUACAUCAAGAAUACCUUGCUGCACUGAAACAUGAGGAGAAAGAUACAAUAACUCGACUAGAACUUAUAAAAGAAAAAGCUUUAGCAUAUAUUGAAGAGCUGACAAUGAAAGCAGAAGAAGUUUAUAAAGAAAUGGAACAGUGGCUUGGAGCAAGGUUCCUAGCAGAAAUGUCCAGUGUUGAAAAGCUGAUUGAGGUAGGCCGGCACCAUAUUGAAAGUUCUAGCAAAAUCCAGUAUGAAAUGAAUUUAGAACAAACAGAUUUCUUCAUCAGCAAUGAUGUAAAAGUGAUUCCUGAUCCUGUUCCUCCACCACCAGCUCCACCAGUAGAGACUUCUGAUAGUAAUACUCUAACUAUUUCACAACUUAACACAUUUCAUAAACAUUUUCUUCAAGUGGCACCGAAAGCAAUAAGAGCACUGAAACAAUUUAAAGGCGGGAGUAAUUCUUCUAGCAAGAGAGAAGUUGGUGACAGAGGGAAAGGAAAGAAAGAUUCGGAACAUACAAGGAUAAAGAAGAAUCGCUGGUUUCCAAAAAUAUGGCUAACAAAAUACUCCUGGUUAAAAUAUGACGAUGAAAGGGGAAUAAUGUUCUGUGCAUUGUGUCGCAAGCAUGAUGUGGACCUGGGGGAAAGAAUUCAUAAUUUUUGUUCUGGCACUGAUGACUUCAAACUGGAAUUUAUAAAUACACACCAAAACAGUGAAGCACAUGCCUGGGCUACCUGCAUGGAAGCUGCCAGUACUGCUUCACCAAAUACGGCUUCUGCUGAGCAGAUGUUGAAGAGUGUGAACUCCAUAACAAUAGGAAGAGUAGAAAGUACUUUUAGAACAUACCAUGCAAUUGCUAAAUCUGAUUGGCCCUUUACAGACCUGGACUGGAUUUGUAAACUAGAUGAUGUGAAAGGAACAGAUAUUGGUUCUGUGUUCAGAAAUGCUAAGUCAGCAAGAAUGUUUAGACAUUGUAUGGCUGAAGUAGAAAGAAAAGCUCUAAAAGAGAAACUAGAGAAUUGUAAAUUCUUUUCUCUUAUUAGUGAUGAAUGCACGGAUAGCAUAUUCCGAUCAGUUGCAGUUGUUUAUGUGCGCUUUGCAAAUGAAAGAAAAGUUCACUGCUGGAUUGUUGGGAUUCAACCUGUUCAGAAAAACGAUGCUUCAACUAUAAAAAGUGCAAUCAAGGAAACAUUUCAAAUAAAUCUCCGGCUUAGUUUGUCAAGCCAAGACUGGUCAAGAAAAUUAGUUGGACUUGGAACUGAUGGAACAGAAGUAGUGACUGGUCAAAAUGAUGGGGUAGCUAAUCUCAUGAGGGAAAUCCAACGUUGUGUACAAUCUGUACAUUGUUUUGCUUACCACCUAAGGCUGGCUUACAAGAAAGUACUGGAAAACAUUCAGCCAUACAGUAUCUUAACCAAUGGCUUGAGAAAUGUGUACUACUUCUAUCAUAACUUGACUCUAAAUAAGAAUAAUAUCAAAGCUAUGUACAAAGCCAUCAAGUUACAUCCAGCUAUUCCGUCUUGCAUUGGAAGCUCCCAGUGGAUUCCUCGCUUACAGACAGCACUACAAAUUCUCCUUAAUGGUUCUCCUGCAUUUGUUCUACAUCUGAAUGAGAUUAAAGAAGAUUCGAGGACCUCAAACAGGCAGAAAGUCAAAGGCCUAUUGUAUCUCCUUCUGAAAAUUGAGAUAGUCAAGUUUUCCCAUUUCUUACUGGAUGUCAUCAAUGUUCUCAACAUUCUGUUAUGUGUUACUCUGGAUCAGAAUUCCUCCAUUGCAGAUAUAUUUGCAGCCAUUCAGUCAACCAUGGAAACACUCCAAAUGUAUCAAACAAGAGCUAGUCCAAAGGAAUGCUUGACAGAGACCAUUCAGCAUUUUUAUGGCCACCACCUUGUUGGAAAUAGAAAUAUUUCAGCAGUACAAACCAAAAUACUAAGUGAUUUGGUGAAGAGUUUAAGUGAUUGUUUCUGUGAUGGUAAUCAAGAUGUAUUGAAAGCAACUCUUAUUGGAAGUUUUAAACUAUGGCCUAACAAAAUGAAACAUGAAUUUGGUGAAAAGGAAGUAUCUGUCUUGAGUAAACAUUAUGAAGCCAUACUAGAAUCUGCUGGUGUAAAGAUCACUGAAGUUGAAACUGAAUGGAACAUGUUGAAAUUAGAGCUAUAUAACAGAUUUCAGAACAUCCAGACCUUGACAUGGGAUUCAGUGAAUGCACAUUAUUCAAAGAAGUAUCCCAAUAUCCUGGCAUUGGUAGAUCUGAUCCUAACUCUGCCAGCAAGCUCAGCUAAAAGAGAGCAAGUCUUCGGUCAAAUGAAAUUCAUCGUGAUGCAUCUGCACUUUAAACUAAUGUCUGAAAGUGUGAUUACAGAUUUUAUGACAAUCCAGAUGAAUUCUCCAGAUAUCAAAAAAUGUGACCCCUGAGAAACUAUUCAUUUGUGGAAUGAUACUUGGCAGAAAAAUAGUACACUACAGGCAUAUGAUAUGCAUAUCAAAGAAAGACCAGUUUGCUCCUAUGAGUUUGAUUUGGAGAGCCAGAGUGGAAGUGAUCAGAUGAUUUCCUUCAAAAUCAUUCUUAUAACAUCUAUGGACAGUUUACCAACAUAUCUUGCAAGAUUAAUGAGUGUAAAAAUUCUCUCUUUUCCAUGUGUCCUACCAAAGGAAGUAUUUAUUGAAAUUUUUACAGAUCUGAUUAAUUCAAAUCUUGGAACUGAUUACCUUCCUGAUGCGUGGAAUAACCUAACGCCUAAAGAUUUACAUAAUCUGGCAAAUGCAUUCAGCGAGAACACAGAACUGAUUGACUGGCGCAGAUUCAUGUUAGCAGCAGCACAGCCUUGGCCAGUGCCAUCUGUGACACAACUUCUCAAAACCCUCUAUAGCUUCAUGUCAGUUGAUGUACUUGGAUUUGACUUUGUUACACUGAAAGACUGUAUGCAGCUUGGCUUAUGGUUUAAUGGAAGUGAAGAUCUAAGCAUAACAGAAGAUUGCACAAAACGGUUGCCUUUUGAUAGGCUAGGGAAUCUUGUCAAAUUUUUCUUCAGUUUAUUUGCUGAUACUGGAAGAUUUCCUGCACUGCUCAACUAUUUUGAGAUGUUACUUUAUUUUGCUUCCCACUCUGAUCCUGUUGAAGGUGUUUACAGAGCACUUUGUGUAGCUACUAGAACAUAUAUUCAGAGAAAAGAAUCUUCUCUUGUGUGUGAGACUUUUCCUUAUACUAGCACAGAAGAAGAUGAAAAUGAACUCUUGAGUUAUAGAGGUGAAGGAGUAGUUUCACUGGAAACUCUGCUCAAAGUGUUUCAUGAUGGAGGAAGUAGGGAUGAAGAUAAUCAAAGAUUUAGUAGUCUGGAGACGGAAGGCAGUUAUGAUAAGCAUUUCUUAAGAGUAUAUAAAGAAUUAGGCAGUGAAGAUCUGACACCUCUUCCACUUGAACUCCUUUUGAAGCACCCUUUCAUUCAAGAAUUGAUUCAGAAGUACCAAGGGUACAAACUUCAUGAUAUUCAAUUCUUCCUUCAAAGAGAUGAACCAGCACAGACAAUUGAUGAGAAAACCACAUGUAAUGACAGUGAUGUAUGAAAACCUGUGGUUCAUAUACAAAUUGUUUUUCUAAAAUGUAUGUAAGAAAUGAGCGCUAGAUCUCCAUCCCUCCCUCCCAUAGGAAAGGUUUAUUCAUUUACUGUCACGAGAGUCAAAUCCUGAAGCACUUACACAUUUAGUUAUUACUUUGAAAGUUAUUACUUUGAAUUAAGAAGAAGAAGAAAAUAAGGAAACAGCAACCAACAACAGUAAAACCAUUAAAAACAAGGAAAGAAAUUUAUGAGUUCAUACUAAACAGUCUGAUAUAGCCAAAAUAAAACUUGUUUCUGAACUUAAA